AUGGCCAGUAAGGUGUUUGAAAUUGAUAGCCAUGAUGAGGAGAGUACCAGUCUUUGCACAAAAGAUGGAUCAGUUGAUUGUUAUGGAAAACCAGCUAUAAAAUCUAAGACAGGUGGAUGGAGAGGUGCCUCAUGGUUGUUAGGCUUGAUAAAUUCUGUAAUUGAAACAGUGAAUCAGUUUCUAGUUACAUUGGCUUUCACUGGAGUUGAAGUAAAUUUGGUUCUCUUUGCAAAGUUAGUAUUGAGACAAAGUAAUGCAGAGUCAGCCAACACUUUCAGCACAUGGAUGGGAACUACCUAUUUUUUCUCUUUAAUUGGAGCUUUUCUCAGUGACUCGUACUUAGGAAGAUACAUCACUUGCAUCAUAUUUCAAAUUGUCCUCAACAUUGGAUUGGUGCUAUUAUCCUUAUCAACUCAUUUCUUGUUACUCAAACCUCAAGGUUGUGGAAAAAUAGGUUUUUUAUGUGAACCUCAUUCACCACUUCAUGUUGCAAUACUUUACAUAUCAAUAUAUCUAGUAGCACUAGGAAAUGGAGCUGCUGAUCCUGCAUUAGCAACAUUUGGUUCUGACCAAUUUGAUGAACAAGAAUCAAAAGAAGAAAAAUCCAAGUCCUUAUUUUUCAGCUACUUUUAUGUGGCCUUGAAUCUAGGAUCAUUAGCAGCUGAGACAGUUUUGGCUUACAUAGAGACUUCAGGAAAUUGGGUGCUUGGAUUUUGGAUAUGUGUUGGUUGCGGCGGUUUUUCGUUUCUGGUUUUUAUGGCCGGAACUCUUAGAUAUCGGCAUAUGAAGACGACUCGAAAUCCUAUCUCGAGGUUUGCGCAAGUGUUUGUGUCCUCUGUGAAGAAAAUAAAACUUCAAGUGCCCGCAAAUGGAGAAGGACUCUAUGAUGUUCGAGAAGGCAAUGAUAGGAAAAUGCAUCACACUAAAGGUCUCAUGUUUUUUGAUAGAGCUGCGAUUAUUUCUACCGAGGAAGAGCACAAGUUGCUAGAGAAAAGCGAAAAUCCAAAUCCAUGGAGUCUUUGCACUGUGACACAAGUCGAAGAAGUAAAAUGCAUUUUGAGACUAUUACCUGUAUGGCUUUGCACGAUCUUCUCGUCCGUCAUCUUCAUACAAAUGCUUUCUCUAUUCGUCGAGCAAGGUUCAACGAUGGACAGAAAAAUUUACAAGUUUGAAAUCCCUCCUGCAAGCAUGACAGCAUUCGAUAUCAUAAGCACAUCAUUAUUCAUCAUGUUAUUUGACGUUCUCAUAGUUCCAUUAUACGUGAAAAUCGUCAAAAGAGAGCCAAAAGUUCCUAGCGAGCUACAAAGAAUCGGCAUUGGACUAUCCAUUACAAUACUAGCCUUGAUUGUCGCCGGUUUGGUAGAGAGGAAAAGACUCGAGUUCGCUAGUUCUGACGGUAAAGAAACGAGUUCUUUGAGCAUCUUUUGGCAAAUACCGCAAUAUGUACUUGUAGGAGUAGCAGAAGCAUUUAUUUACGUAGCACAAAUGAAUUUUUUUACAUCACAAGCACCAGAUGGUUUGAAAAGCUUGGGAAUGGGAUUGUCCAUGUCUACGUCGGCAGUUGGUAGUUAUGUCGCCGACACUAUUUUGUCAGUUGUAAUGAAAAUCACUUCUACUCACGGACGACAUGGUUGGGUUUCGCCUAAUCUAAAUGAAGGUCAUUUAGAUUGGUUUUUCUUCUUGUCUGCGGUUUUAACUGGUAUCAAUUUUGCAUUUUAUAUUGUGUGUGCAACAAGAUAUAAAGUUGUAGAAAUGGAGAAAAGAGAUGAGGCAGAGAAAGAGGAAGAAAUUCUGACUAGGUUCGAUAGUUCGGCAGAAAAGUGA